CAUCUCAUCAUCUCACAUAUCACCACCACCAAAAUUUUCGAGGAAGGACGGAGAUACUCAUAGCACAAUCCUACCUGCCUUAAUUAGUGCCUUGCCGCUGAAAAACAUUAAGAAUCGCAGAUGGGCACCAUCACGUGCGAGCUGGAAUCGUCGUACGCCGCCACGGCCGGCGCCGGCGCCGGCAAGGCCAGGCUUGACGGCAAGUUGGGCGUCCCGCCGCGCGAGCAGCGCUGGUUCGCCUUCGCCGGCGACAGCAAGGGCAAGGGCAGGAGGCUUGGGGGCGGCGGUCGAGGCGGCGCUGCGGACGGAUCAUGGUACGGCGGCCGGUUCCUUCGCCGUCGAACCGGCGGCGGCAUGCAGGUCUUCGUGAGGACCCUGGGCGGGAGGAGCCUGGCCCUGGACGUCAGCCCGUCGGACACCGUCGACGCGGUGAAGGCCUGGGUCCAGGCGAGGGAGCGCGUCGCGGCGGCGGACCAGCGCCUCGUCUUCGCCGGGAGGGAGCUCGGUGACGGCCGCCGCACCCUCGCCGAGUACGGUGUCGGGAAGGAGGCCAACCUGUUCCUCCACCGCCGCCUCCGCGGCGGCGCUGGAGGAGGCGCCGGCGCCGCCGGCUCGCGCCGGGCAACGACAGCAGCCGCCGGCGUCCUCGCCGCCGUGGUCGCGAUCGGCGCGGCGCUCGCCUACUUCUCGGUCCCAGCUGCAGCUGCGGCGGCGGCGGCAGGCGCCAGCGGCAUGACCCUGUCCCUCGCCGUCCUCCUCCUCGCGUGGGCGCUCGCCAUGGCCGGAGUGAACCUGAUCACGGCCGGCGUCUUCCUGGCCGGCAGAGCCGAGACUGUUCGGUGCGCCGUGCAGUCCGCCGUGGUCGGCAAGGCGUCCGCCUUUGUCCGCCGGAACCUCGCUGUCGUCGGAGUCGCGGCUGCCUCGUCGGCGGCGACAGGAGUCAUCUUCGGCGGCGGUGACCGGACACUCUGUUUCGUUAGCUUUGCUCUGUUCCUGGUCGCCAUGUCUCUCGUUACCAUCGGCGUAGCGAACUGUGCUCGCUGACGAGCUUUGGACGCUGAGCUGCUCGUCGUCGAUGCUGAAUUGCUGAUGGUCUCCAAAGCCUUUGGGUAAGAAUAAUCGAGGCAGGAAGAGCUUGCGUGAUCUUUGUUUCUCUCCCAAUAGGUCAACUGGCCUUGCAGUGUUUAAUAUUUUUUUUAAAAAAAAAGAGUAUUUAUACAUGGUUUGCGUCUCGGCUCGUCUGGGACAUAUGAGUUGAGGGGA